AAUUUUCUGUAUGGCAAUGAAAAUUUAAAACUAGACGAGUGAUUAGAAAAGUAGGGCAAACCCAUCCAGAUUUCGCCAUUUUUACUUUUCAGUCAGUGAAAGGAGAUUUUUAAUUGUCAGGCUGGAGGACGAAGAAUAUUUUGAGAAAAGUGUGUCAUUACAUUUAAUUAUUUGUAGCCAGGACUAUAACUUGAGAAAAUCUUAGCAUAAUAGUGUGGUUUUGUUUAUUACUAACGUUUGUAUGUAGUGCUACUUUCCCGUGGUAAGAUUGCUCGUUGGUGUGUCGCUUAGCUAAAUUCAAUGGCUAUGAUAUCGAAGUUUUAAUCUGGCGAGUCGCUUUGACGUUCUCCGCGGGGCAAAGUCACGAGCAAGCGAACCGGUCAGACAUGAGCAGGCCUCAAGGCGGACGGAUCCAAGUCCCCGAUGACCUCAGAGAGAUUCUGCUGGAGUUCACCAUAAGCUACCUGCUGGAGCAGCCGGGCGACGUGAUCAACUACGCAGUCGAGUUCUUCACGAGGUUACAGAACAACCGGACCACGACAAUAGUUCGGGGCCCGUCGGCGGGCACUCCCGAUGAAUCUAUAAUAUCAGACGAAGAAGAGCCGCCAGUGGCGCGCUUCAACAACCGGCGCAAGUCGGUGUUCGCGGAGACAUACGACCCCGAGGAAGAUGACUCGGACGAGGGAGCGCCCGCGGUGUUCCCCAAGUCAGACGCGCAGCGGGCGAGGCUCGCUGAGGCCGUCCGGGGCAUACUCCUGUUCCGUUCCCUCGACGCACAACAAAUGCAGCAGGUACUGGACGCGAUGUUCGAGAAGCGCUCGGAGCCGGGCGAGUACGUGAUCCGGCAAGGCGACGACGGCGACAACUUCUACGUCAUCGAGAACGGCGUGUUCGACGUGCUCGUUACUGGAGACGAUGGCGUGGAGAAGGUGGUCCACACAUACGAGGGCUCGGGCUCGUUCGGCGAGCUGGCGCUGAUGUACAACAUGCCGCGCGCCGCGUCGGUGCGCGCGCAGUCGCCGGGCGCGCUGUGGGCCAUGGACCGCCACACCUUCCGCCGCAUCCUGCUCAAGAGCGCCUUCAAGAAGCGCAAGCUGUAUGAAGAGCUACUGGAUAAAGUACCAAUGCUUAAGACGCUACAGUCGUACGAGCGCGCAAACCUCGCGGACGCACUAUUGCCACGCACUUUGAUUGAUGGAGAGCUGAUCAUCCGGCAGGGAGACACGGCCGACGGCAUGUACUUCGUCGAGGACGGCUCCGUCAGCAUCCGCAUCGCGCGCGACGAUGGAAACGAGCACGAGAUCAAGCGCCUAGGAAAGGGCGAUUACUUCGGUGAGCUAGCUCUGGUCACGCACAAGCCGCGUGCCGCUUCUGCUUACGCUGUUGGACCCACAAAGGUUGCAUUCCUGGACGUGGAGACGUUCGAGCGCCUGCUGGGCCCGUGCAUGGAGAUCAUGAAACGCAAUAUCGACGACUACGAGGAGCAGCUCGCCAAGCUCUUCGGCGACUCCACCAACCUCGCCGACGUGCGAUGAGCGACUACAUCUAAGUACACCGUACACCCCCCUAACCCUUACACGAUACCCUUAAUACAGAUCGCUGUUCGAUUCGAUCUUGGUAGCGACCUCUGUUAUCCAAAAUUGAAAAAUCUGUUUACGCUACUUAAGUUGUACACCUAAUCUAUCGUCUGAAAACCAUUGAUACUAUCUGUAUCUUUUAGAGCGGUUUCAGAUUAGCAUUUUUUCUGCGCGUUUUACGCUCGUUUUGGCACUUUGGUUUGGUUAUACUUUUUUCGAAAAAAGUAGGUUCUCAAUUCGACUGUUGUUUUUCUUGUAUGUUAAGCGAUUACUCCGCCAAUUAUGAACCGAUUUUGAUGAUUCUUUUUUUGUUUGGUAGUUUAUACUUCAGAGGUGGUCCCAUUUCAAUUUGGUGAAGAUCUGAUGAAUCUGAUCUGAUGAUGGUGUGUGAAGAAUAAACGGUUCGUGUGGCUUAUAAUAAUUGGCACUUAUAACUAUAUUAACUCUUGUACACGUAAUAUAUUCAGUAAUAAAUUAAAUUAUUUUUUAAUUUCUAGGGUUUAUGGUUACUGUACGAUUUUUUUUCGCGCUACAAUUAAUCGAAUACGUGUACACGCGCUCAUUCAGACGUGUUCGCUUGAAUUAGUGGAUCAAUCGGUAGCAAUAAUGGAUUAAGACGAAAAAACGGCGCGUAUACCCACUACCCACGAGCUUGUAAGCUAUGUUUACGGUCGUAUGAGAUGCGGAUACAAAAAAUGAGCUUAUAUGCGCAGAAAAAACACUAAUCUGAAACCGCUCUUAUAUGUAAUAAUAUCAUUGCUGAAAACUGUAGUUAUGUUUUCAGACCUUUCGUUCUCUAGAGAUUAUGCUAUUUAGACCGACCGUAUAUUUUAUUGUCAGAAAUAAUUCACCGCGCGCCGGAAGGCAUUGUUCUCAUACAUUUGGUACUAAACCCCUGUAGAGUUUUGUCAGCUCGGUCAUACGCUUCUGAUAGUCGCAAAGUGAGUGCGACAGAAAAUUUACUGGCGAAAUAUGCGGCCUGUAGGCUGUCAGAGUUUUGUCAGCUCGGUACGCUUCUGAUGUGAGUGCGACAGAAAAACUGGCGAAAUAUGCGGCCGGCCUUGAACAACCUGAAAACAUUACACAUAUAGAAUAUUAUUUGCCAUCUCUUAUUACUCAAUUACUUACCUAAAUACCUUACCACCUCUAGAACAGCUAAUAUAACUUUAAAAUUUAAUUCACACUAUCAUAUAAAAAUUUGAAAUUUUUAGCCAUGUUUUGUCUUACCUAUGUUCUAAAGGUGCGACAAUACCAUAUUAUUUACAAAAAAUUAAUUUGUUUAUAAAAGUGCCAUGUUAUUUUAACCGAUAAGUCGUUAUAGAUUAUGAUGUAAAGGAAGGGGGGAGUCCUUAACUAUGAUCGUCCAAUAAUAUUGCAUUAAAAACAAUAAUACGCUUAUUUUAGAUAGAUAAAAUGCCUUAGUAGCUAUGUAAAUAUAGAAUAUCCGUACAUUGUCUUUACUCAGCCGUGGCAACAUGUAACAAGGAAAUAAUAUGACUUUCCUGAUAUAAAUUAUGGUUUAAGGACGCAAUUUAAAACAAUUACAUAUUCUCAGUUAAACUAUUUUAACCAUUUUACAAAACAUAAUAAAUAUUUCAAAUCAUUAAAAAUAAAAUUAAAGAUCAACCAAUUAAUUUCAACUUUAUUGAGAUAAUAUUAUGUGGCAGCUUGCAUUAAUUAUAGAUCAACCUACCUUGAUCAUUGUUUCAAAUAAGAAUACCAAAUAAUGAUAAAUUAAUUAAUCAAUUAAUGAUGAAAGUUGAUUUAAUGGAACUAUUCAGAAUUAAAUUAUACUUUUUUUAUGUGGCUGGUGGGUAUUAUUGGACCUGGGUAUAUUUAAUGGACUGAAGUCCUUCUAAGGCCACGGUUGUUUUCUACUAAGACAUGAGUGGAUUAAAAACCUCUUUAUUAACUGAGAAGGCAUUUACUCUUUUUAUCAAUUAAAAUAUUUCUAGUAGUGGGACGUCAAUGCAAUACUAUUGGAUGGUCUCUUCUAUCUAAUUCUAGGAUAUUUUUCAGCAGCCAUACUAAGGUAUUUUGACACAGGCUUUUCUCUAUAAUAUGAUACAAGAUUAAUAUACCUUGAUUAGAUAAUAAUCGGUGAUUAGAUUAAAUCUUUUCACUUACUAAUAAAUUAUUUAUUUCAUUAACAAAAAUUAAUUUUAUAUUAAUAUGUAUAUUGAGGAUGUAAUACAAUCGGUUUUUUUAAAUGCCAAAUUAAUGUUGUUUUUUUUUAAAAUAAUAAUAAUAUAAUUAAAGUGUAGUAUAAAAGGGACAUUGCGAAUUUAAAGAUUGAGGGCUUACUUAUAUGUAAGAAUUUAGGUCUCGACGAAAAUUGUAUUGUACUGUGUUGCAGAUAAUUUAUUUAAAAAAAAAAAUCUUUUUCUAUUCGUAAUUUAAUAUUUUGUUAAGAAAAAAAGAGUUAUUUAUGUUUACUAUUAUUUUUUCUAAUAUGUUAUCAGCUUUUUUCUAUAUUUUAGAUUUUAGAGUGUUCGUUGUUUUGUUUGCCGUUAACUUUUUUUUGCUGAACAGAUCUGAGGUGUGUUAACGUUGUAACAUGUAUAUUGACAGUACCAUACUAGAGCGCAACAAGUAAUAUAUAAAGCCCCUGAAGCACCGAGACAAACUCGUGACGGCAGCAGUACGACACUGAAUACGUCAUGAUGGCAGCAAUGCGUCACGACAGCAGCUCAUAAAAUUGUAAUACAAGGAAACAUAAUUAUAUAAACAAGUCAAACUGUAGGGUUAGUAUGAGAUUUUUCAUCUCGUCAACGUUACUACUUUUCGAGCAUCGAAACAAUAGUGUCAGAGUAAAAUAGACCUAAUUGAAUUAAUAAAGAUUUAAAAUCAUGCAUUCAAUACCACCAAUUUUUAUUUUGCACUAUUUCGACUCUGAGCGCUGGCUGUAGACUUGACUUGACAGACAAACUUGAUAUCCAUUUUACUGUGACUUUAAAAUUGAUCUAAUUAAAUUAAUCGAUAUAAAAUCAUCAUUUCAGUACCUUCGAUUUUUAUAUCACAAGAUUUAUGACUUGUAGUGCUGCUUGCAGUGAUAUAUAUGGAAGAAUUUGAAAAGAAAGCACUUGAGGUCCAUUUUAAUUUGACAAAUUCUCUCAAACUGCCGAGAAGUAAAUUCUCAUACUAAACUUACUGAGAUGCCGUGACGCAUAGCCAUCAUGCACCGAAUAUGACGUCAUAUUUGACGUCACGUCAUGUCAUAACCAGGGUGUGUUUGGCUUUAUCUUAUAUAUAGACACUCCAUCUUAUCAGUUGUAUUGGUAUCUAUGUAAUGUUUGUGUGUGUGCGUAAAUUAUUCAGGCUUAACAGUCGGUGUGUAUGUUGGUGUGUUCUGAACUUUGUUUAACGCGCCUUCGGUGUCGAUUCUGGUUGUCUCUAAGCUAAAUUUAGAGUAUCCGAAGGACGGAAAAUAAAAAUUAACUUAAAAUAUAGGUUCUACGCUACUAAACACCCAUGCUCAAGACUAGCACCUAAGUUUAAAAGGUUGACAGUUCUAAACUAAAAUAGGUUGGCCUGACUUUUUAUUUUGGCUUAUUCCGUUUAUGCACCCUAAAACAUCCAUCCUAGGGUGUAUGCUCGGAAAGGUGUGUCUAUCUACCCACCCUGGACAAAAAAUAAUAUACAAAUGGAUGAAACACAUUUCCGAGUAUACACCCUAGAGUGGCCGUUUUAGGGUGGAUAAGUGGAAUAAGCCUAUCUUUUUACAUCAUUUACCUAAAAACCGAAUCGGCACCUUCGUGUAUCCCUCAGGUAGAGCGUCCCAGUAUUAUUUAAAAUUAGAGAAAAGAAAUCGACAACUCUUCAUUUGUAAAAUCCAGCCAAAGUAGGGUGAAUACAUAAAAUCAUAUGUAGCACUAUAUAAUAAUAAGUCUAUAUUUACAUGUAGUAGUUAGUUUUUGUCACUUCUUAUUGUAAUUUAAAUAUUUGUAGACUAGGAAAUUUAUGGAGUUUUAUUAUUAUUAUUGUAGUCGAAUUCUGAGGGUGUGGUGUAUUAUUGUUUGACGCCGUGUACAAAGAUGUGUACAAAAUAUUUCAGUUGCCAUAGAAGACUAUUGUUUUUAUUUUAUUGAAAAAUAUUAAGUAAUAAUGAGAGAUGUUACUAAUUUUAUUUGUCACUGUUAUAUAUACCGCUCACCCGAUAACGUACUAAUUUGGUUGCAUACAAAUCUCUAAAGCUUUAAUCGACAGUUCCCAAAGUAGUGAUAUUGUUUAUAAGUUGGAACGUUUAAAAAAAAAUGAAACAAAUCUCACUCAUUACUCUUAGGCUGAAACCUAUAGAACAUACUUUGAUUUAACUCAGACUUAAGUUUCAGUUAAAACAAGACAGAUUUACGUCUGCAAUAUAACGCUGUCUCGUUUUAACGGUGUCUUAUGUCUGAGCAAAGUCAAAGUUUGCUCUAUAGAUGUCAGAGAUUAGUAUGCAAAGGAAUUAGCACCAACUUUUGGUUCGUCCAUAGUUUUUAUGCUUGCAAAUUAACGUUUUCUAAGCGACAGGGCUGUAUACCUCAAACAUAGCUUCAUACACUAUUCAAAUGCUAACAGACACACCUGCUAACUUUACUCACAGCUUUGUCAAAGUGAGGGUUUGACCCUGAAUUGAGAUCUGUCAAAUAUUGGGCUAUAGGUGACGUGAUCGCAACUGUAGAUUGUUUUUCUCAAUCGAUAAAUCAACAAGUCGUGAUUAUUACUUUGAUAUUUUUCGAUCAUUGACAUGAGAGAGUAACAAAGCUGACUUUUAUACAUCGUCAAAAAAGCAUAUUGACAACAAUCGAACUAAUUCUAUUGUACAACAAUCUCUAAACUAAAUUUAAUUAACAUGUCUAAAUCUAAUGCUAUCCUUUUUCGCAGUAACCAUUAUGAAAGGGGUGGCGAUAGAUUUCAUUUUUAGAGAUUGUGUAGGUACAACAAUUAGCCACAGUGACGAUCGUCACCAAUCGAGAAAAUCUGUUGGUUUAAAGAUUUACCGUGCCUGUAAUCAUUUGAAUAGGGUAAUAUUACAUUCCCCAGUUGCGGACUAAGGAAGUU